AUGGCUUUACUGGGAGGUUGGGCUCUUGUAUUGCAUUCCCUGAGCGAGAGCGUGCCGGACACCAGCACGUCGUCACCGGACGCCGCGGGUCCCGCGUCGCCUUGUCCCAAGAUGGGCUCCGUGGGCUCCGUGUCCCUGCACCUGCAACAGCCGCCCACGCCGCUGCAGCAGCAGAGCAGGCACACGCCCAGCCCCGCGCCCACGCGCACGCCAACGCCCACGCCCACGCCGACGCACACCCCUACACCGACGCCCACGCCUCGCGACAGGUGA